AUGGUCCAGCUUACUGAUAAACGUUCAUGGAAGUGGGAAAACCUCACGUGUCUCGCGCUGACUUCGAGGGUACUCACUGACGAUGCGGACGUUGCGGACAUCAACGAGAUGCUACAAGACGCUGCGGCUGCUGCACUCAAGAUGCCAAAGCUCGAGACGAUGGAACUGUGGAACGGAAGAAAGGGCAUGGCAAUGCUGUUUCGAUACCAGAAGGCCCGGGAUGGGCAGUCAGCUAUCAUCACGAUGCGGAGGACAUUUGAGCUUGCUCUGGGGUCUUCGGUUACACAAGCUUGGGAUGAGGUCGCAAGCCGGCAUCGCCACGGCAGGGUUAUUGUUCAGAGUUCCUCGAUCGAUCCAGGUACCAUCCGAUGUCACGGCGAUGCGAUAUGCCAGCUGGAACUCUCGACAGAGGUCAUCAGACCUGUCUCGCUGCGACAGAUCCUCGACGAACACGAACGUCGGGCCGGGCCGACUAAUUGGACGAGAUCACGAAUAAGGUCGAUUCCUCCCUAG